AUGGACAAGCUAGAAGGUCUCCCUGAAGACGUUGCCACGCAUCUCAUUCUCCAACAUCUCCCCGAUGUCCCGCCGUUACGACAAGUCGUUGCAUUCGCCGUGCUGCACAUGCUCGCCAUCCCCCUGCACGUACUACUUGCGCUGACAAUCAUCCUCUCCACCUGCAUACACCGCCAUUCAUCGAGCUGGGUUUUUUUCCUAUCUAUGGCUGCGUCAUCAGUAUGCUAUACGCUGCUCAUAUUUGCCGGUGAGCCACUUAACAAGCACCCUAGCGACGGAUUGCGCAUAGCGAGUGCGUGUCUCUCGAUAGCCGCUCCUUUAAUGCAAGGUGGUACGCUUCUAGCGCUGACGAUGAAGAUCUGGGCCGUGCUUGCUGAGGUGCUUGCCGCUGAGCCUGUGAAAGUUCUCGCGCGCUUGCUUACCUGGGACCCGCUCCUGCUAUCAUUUCCAUGGCUGAUAGUGCUACCUGUGCUAGCGUACAGCUGUGCCGUAGCGCGUGCGGCACCGGUAUACGCGCAACGCUACUACUUCUACUGCACGAUAUACCCGUCUCAUAAUUCGAUUCACGAAUCGUCAAUGCUCAUCGUCGUCGUUCUCCUCGCCCUCUGCGUCCUCUUUGCCGUGUGGGCACUUGCUCUCUUCUUCUCACUCGGGCGGAGCGCGCGCAGACAGCUAAAGAUUCAGACACAGUUGCAGCGUCAUGCAGUUAAUGGCGAUAUUCUCCUCCGCGUAGCCCUUUAUUUAGUGUGGAUCAUUAUGACACUCGUCGUUGCUUGUGUUGAGUAUCGCACAAAAACUAUUCAUAAAUCUUUAGCUAUUCUUACCGCUACGGAUUCUUUGUCUAGCUUUGUCAUAUUUGCUACGCAAAGAGAAAUGCUUAGUGUGUGGGGCCUCGAUGGACUCUCAAGGUUCUUUGGCAGAUGCUCUCAUUCACAUGCUCAAUCACACUCACACUCUUCCACUCUGUCGUCGCGGUCCCUCGACGAAAGUAGCAGCUCGUGGCUUUCUAACUCGCGUGGCAGGUCGCAGCAUUCUCUCUCACUCUCGCAAUCACUUUCACGCUCAUAUUCACAUUCACAAUCACACCCUCAACUUGACACAGAAGGAGUCAACAGACUAGACAGCUCGGACAGGAGACAGUUCAGCAAGUUGUCGAGCAUUGAAGAUGUAGACGGUAGUACUAUUGUUAACAGCCAGAGGGGCGCGCAGGAUUCAGAUGGAAAUGAAGUGAAGGGUAGAGAGUUUGGGCAGGCUGUCAGUGUGGUGCAUAAGUGCACACCAGAGCAGCCAGAGCAUCAGAAAUUUCCAACCCUAAGCAAUAUAGAUCAAGCUCAAAGUCAAACUCACAAUCACACUCCUAAUCAAACUCACACUUUCACCCAUUCACAGCCGCAAUACACCCACAACAGACAAAAUAGCAGCAACACCACUUACAACUCUCACUACAGCCACGUCCCGCCCCGUAAACCGGUGCCUUCGUUCGCAAGCUAUGAGCUGCCCGCUGUGGCACUGACAUCACCGUCUGGUAGUAUAUAUGGGCGUAGGAGCGAGAGGCAAUGGAGUAAUAACCAGAGCCACAACAGCCACAACAGCCACAAUAGCCACAGUCACCCGCUAUAA